GUGUCCCGCUGACGAAGCGCCCUGCGCACUGCCCACUACUGUAAUGAGAAACGAUGACAAUUUCCAAGGUUAUUACUCAACUGUCUGAAACAUGUCUAGCGUGUAAAGCACCACCUCUCCGGUCGUGCCGCCUCAUGCGAUGUCUGUCGCAUUUCACAUGAGUCUUCCCGGGGAUAUCCUCACCCGACGAGAGUUUGGUGAUGCUCGUAGAGGCAUAUGACAAUAUUGUCGCUGCUUCUGUAUGGCCUACACUUGUGAUACCGCCCGCUUGAUACCGUUGUUAUCGCGAUGCACUCAGCCGAUGUUCAUAUACCUCGAAGUCCGUUGCAUGACUCGAUAAGGAUCGACGAAGACGAUGGAGAUCUCAUAGAGGAAGAAGAAGACAUUCGCACGGCACUGCAACAUGCUGCCACCGAAGGCGACUUAGAUGCAGUCAUUGCAUUGCUGGAGGAAGGCGCUGAUCCUAAUGAGCCGCCUCAUGGUUGGCUACUGGAGGCCGGAGCCCAAGUCGAUGCCCCCGGAGGUGAAAACGGUGGGCGAAGUGCCCUGGCACUGGCAUGUGGCGCUGGUCAUUUCAAUAUUGUCCACGAACUCUUGGUUGCUGGUGCAGAUCCGAAUUCACCGGCGACCCGCUAUAGCGGCCGUACGCCUUUACAAGCUGCCUCUGAAGGAGGAUUUCUCUUCAUUGUUCAGCGACUCAUUGUGGAAGGUGCAGAUGUGAACGCUCCUCGCUCAAGACAUCGAGGUCGUACAGCGUUGGAAGCUGCCGUGGAAGGUCAACAUCCAAAGAUAAUCGACUUUCUAUUGAAUGUUGGCGCGGAGGUCAACCCGGAACCUAGCAAAUACACGGCCUUGACACCGCUGCAGGCUGCAGCAUUGAAUGGCGAUCCAGAACUAGUCGAAAGAAUACUUGCUGCCGGCGCCGACCCAAAUGUGGCAGGAAGUCAUUAUCACGGAGGCACCGCACUUCUGGCGGCCGCUGAGGCCGGUCAUACGGACGCGGUAGAAGCCCUUAUAAGUGCGGGUGCAGACAUAGAUCAAAGAUCAGGCCAUCAUGACUUUACCGCCAUGCAAGGGGCUUUCUUCAAAGGCAGAACCGACGUGAUGGCCCUCCUGUCACGCGUGCGCACCGUAUGACCAAGCUUUAGUCUUGAAACAAAGAUUUUCUACCGAAAGACAGA